AUGCAAAACAAUUAUAGAAAUAGUGGUAAUGGUAGUGGUGGACAACAGCAACAACAACAAAUUAUAACGAUAACAAUACCAAGAGAUUAUAAAGAUAUUGUAACGAAAUUUGAAAGACAAUCAUUCCCAGAUGAAUUAUCAAGGAAUGGUGUUAGUUUAGUUGAAUUUGAAUUCACAAUAAAUGAAAUUAAUAGAAUAUUACAAAAAGCAGAAACUAUCGAUUCAACCACUGUCAUUGAAGAAAUCAUUGGUUGUUUAACUUUUUUUAGUAAGGGUCAAUCUAAAAUUCCAAUAUAUAUAUAUAUAAACUAUAAAUCAAAAGAGCAAAAUCAAAAUAUAUAUAAUCCAAAAGGUAUUACAUGGAUUAAUCCAAUGUCUAAUGGAUUCUUAAAAAUUGAUAUCAUGGUUAGACCUUCAAAUACUGAAGUUUCUUCUUCUUCUUCUUUAACUUCUUCAUCAAAUGCAUCACCAUCUUUCCCAAUCAAUAAUUCAACAAUUCCAAAUAAUUCAAAUUUUAAUAAUAAUAAUAAUAAUAAUAAUAAUAAUAAUAAUAAUAAUAAUAAUAAUAAUAAUAAUAAUAAUAAUAAUAAUAAUAAUAAUAAUAAUAAUAAUAAUAAUAAUAAUAUACAAUCAUCACCAUUUAGAUCUAGAUUGAAUUUAGAGGAAAAAGAUGUUUUAAAACCAGAGACUAUAAUAAAUGUUGUUACAAAUAGUAGUAUUGUAGAGUUAUCAGAUGAAGAGGAUGAAGAUGAUGCAAACGAUGAAAGUAAUCUAUCUUUUAAUAAUAAUAAUAGUGGUGAUCAUGGUGGUUCAAGUAGUAGAGAUAUAAAUAAUAGUGGUUAA